CAUCCUAAGUUCCUCUCUCGUCAUUAUGGCAUCCUGCCACAUUGCGCCGAGAUGUUUGUCAAUGAUCAUUUACGAGUACAAAUCUUUGGCGAUGUAUCAAGUCGGCUGUCACCUGUGUUCAAGCAUUUUGGAGUGCAAGAAUUUGCGAGUAACUUGAAUGGAACACUGCCACCACAGGAGUAUUUCUGUAACGACGGCUACAUUUCCUGGUGUCCGACACAGCAGUCUGAGCCAAAUAGUCGUUGGGUGUACAGUGUUUGGGCUUUCCUGAAUGAAGCGACAGGGGAUGUUCUAAAGGAGGCAAAGCUAUGUGACAAAGAGAGGAUGAGGAGAAUUCAGGCAAUACUCGAACCACUUUCAAACUGGAGUAUCCUUCCUUGCACGGAGACGAUCCGAAAACCACGGUCACACGAUAGCAGUACCUCUGCUGUGAUAGCCGAACACUUUCUGGUGCCUCUAAGGCUAGCAGAGUCUGUCCUUGAUUUUACAAGUCGCGAUGCCUCUAAUGCGGUAGUUGUCGAAGCUUUGAGAAAGCUCGGUCUGCCUGAGGUGAACUAUGUUGUGUUAUCAAGUGAUCUAUGCGCACUUCCACGUACUCUCGUAGCAUCACUUAAGACGCCAACAUCUAUUCUGAGAUGUUUAGAGCAGAAGAUGUCCAUAAAUCCACAAGCACUUGAAGGAAAAUUGAAUCCUAGGGAAUGCUGCACCAUUUUGCAGUAUUUCAGCAACAACGUUGAAAGUCUACAUGAACGUGACAAGAAUACGCUAAGAAGGCUUCCAUUCUAUCAAGCAACACAUGGGGGUCUUAUCAGUCUAGACAAAGAAAGCGUCUGCGUCCUUCCUAGCGAUAUUCCACGUAAAGAAAUGGACGAGUUUGGACGUCGACUGAAUGUGAUAUUUCUGGAAACACGGUCAAGUCUGUCUUCGCUGUUCCAGUUUCUGGCUUUUCAAUGCGUUUCGUCAAUUGACGUAUACUGUCAUUUCAUUUUACCACACUUCGGCAUUCUUAGUAAAGACGCAAGGCUAGCUCAGCUGCAGCACAUCCGGGCCUCUAUUUUGCCAAAAGGAACAAUCGACACGCAGAAGCUACUGGAUUGUUUGAGAAAUACAGCAGUAAUUACCUCUAAGGAUGGGACUCUGAAGAAAGCUUCGUCUUGCUACGAUCCCCACAAUGGAGUCUUUAGUAUAAUGCUCCCUGAGGACAAGUUUCCACCAGAGCCUUACAACACACAAGAAUGGUUGCAGUUUUUGAGAAGCAUUGGGCUAAUCUGCAAAGUUUCCGCUGACCAUUUCAAGACGUUUGCUACCGAAGUUGCACGCGAGGGUGCAAUACAUCGGACUGCGACAACCGACAAAAAGUCCGAAGUAUUAGUCAUGCACCUUUUUAGCCGAGAAGGGGUUGUGGAUGAAGGCCUUUUACAUGCUAUUUGCAAUGUCCGCUUCGUAGUUGCAGAGACUGUGGGGAAAGAACUUCGAGAUAUCUAUCGUCAGUUCGGUGAAGGAAGAGAUGGUAAUACUCCAUACAUUGCAUUCAAAGGCUCUUUGUUAGCUGAACACUCCAAGAUAGCUUGGACGACAGCAGCUCUCCUUCCUUACUGGGCUAAUCCUAGGAAAUGUCUGUACCAGAAGAGGGCUCCUGGUUGGCGAAGUACGGGUGAUUACUGCAACGCCAUUCUUGCCAAUCUCCAGGUUCUUAUUGAGCCAACCGUGGACCUAGUAACGUUUCACUGCCAAAAUGUUUCUUUUCAAUUGGAGAAAGAAAACGACGUGGCACAUAGUCAUGAUCAGCUUGUAACAAGAACGUCAGUGAUGUCGAAUAUCUAUCAGUUUCUUCAAGAGAGGGCCAUCUCAAACACUGUUGCAAGAGAUCACCUUCAGCAUGCACCUUGCGUUUUGGUGGAAGAAGGUGCGCGUUUUGUUUAUCCCAAACAAGUCGUCCUUGAAUUGUACAAGAAAAGUGAGAUCCAGCCGUUUCUUUACGGAAUGCCUGCAGAAAUUAGUAAGUUCAAGUCGCUCUUUGAAUACCUGGGAUGCUCCCCAUCGGUCACACCUUCGCACUAUGCUAUGGUUCUUGACAUGUUACAUGGGCGAUGUGACGCAAACGUACUACAUCCAAUUGAAGUCGAGACUGCCUUAAGAGCCAUGAAAGGUCUUCUUGAGACGAUGCAGGACAGUCCCGACGUGGAGCAUGAUAUAUCUACUUUGUACCUUCCAGCUACACAUCCCUUUAGUAGUAGUUUGGAUGACACUGUACCACCUGUCAUGUUGAUGAGGGCAACUGAGGUUAUCUUUGAUGACGCUCCUCACUACCAUGGUCGUAUUCAAGACGUCAACCUGCCUUUUGUUGUGGACCUGAAGAGAGCCAAUGUUAUCUGCAAAGCUAAUGCAAAUUACCAGGACCUAAUCAUGCUACUUCCCACAGGUGUACGGCCACAGAUGAUGUCUUGCGUAAUCAAAGAGAAAUUCGCAGAAUCCGAAGACACUAGCGAGCGUUUUGAUGUUGGUGCUGCUAGUUCAUUGCGGGAACAGCUGCACUCAGAACAAUUCUACCGCGGAAUUGUCAGGCUUAUCCGUCACGCCAAUCAAGAUUGUGGUCUUGAUGAAACUGUGGUCGCAACCGUGAAGAGCAGUUUACAAGGUAUCGAAUUCCUUGGUAUGAGUAAAAUUGUCACUCAUUUGGUUCAUAGUGGGGAAGUGAUUCGAGGGAGUGAACUUGAAGUGCCAUACUUUUUGGAGAAGGUUUUGGAAUCCGGUCAAGAAAUUUGGAGGGUAUAUGUCAAUGCCGUCGAAGACGCAGAAGAAACCAUCUCUACUAUAGCUCUAACUUUAACAGAAGUGAUUGAUGACGCGUGCAAAAGACUGCUGCGAAACACAACUCAUUACAUUUCCGCAAUGCUGCUCAGCCAACCUGACAAGAUAUGUUCGUUACUGGAUAAGAUGAAGAUUCGUCAAGACGACUCGUACGAUACAGACAAAGGAGACGUCUUCCCGCCUCCAGGAAGUUACAUUCCUAUAAAAAUGCAUAACCUUCUAAACCCGGCUUUCGAAGCGUUUACGCCCGGAGAAUACGUCGGAUUCGAGCUAGAUGAUCCGAGUCUUGAAAUGCAGGAAGGAGAUGCCACAUUCAUCUAUGCUGUGAUAAUUGAGGAAGUACCAAGUGACAGUGAAAGCCUUUUUUCGAAGUCUUACAAGAUCAACAUUGGGCAUGAUAAGGAACGGAAGAUUGUCAAUGCAACCGACUUGUACAAAUUUCACCGCGUUCUAGAAAUAACGUCAUCUGAGAUAGUCCUGUCAAACCAAGGAAGUUCACAUCCCCCGACGGAUAAGCAGCAGAUUCUUGAUGAAAUUACAAAAACGCUUGAAGAAGCUUGGAGGCUACCAGAAGAUCGAAGAAGACAAAUUGUCAAGCGACUAUUUCUUCGGUGGCAUCCCGACAAGAACCCUGGAAACGAGGUGUUCUGUACGGAAGUAUUUCAGCACAUAAAGAGUGAAAUCGAACGAUUGGAAAGAGGUGAAUCGCGCAGAAGUGAAAGCUGGAGCUCGGAUAGCCGGUCCCACAGGAGAUCCUAUGGUGCUUUCUAUGGUUUCUGGGGAACGCGUGCAAGGCAGUAUAGCUCACAGCGCAAAGAGUACCGAGACAGCUUCUUCCACCACUAUGGAUCAAGUGGUUACAGAACACGUUCAUGGUACGUGCCUCCAAGCUUCUGUACCACGAAUCCCCAACCACGAGAGGCACGACGCUGGUUUCGACAAGCCGAAGCAGAUCUGGCAGCUGUUGAUAACGAUAUUGCUACUGUGAGACCAUCCUACGAGUGGGCAUGCUUUAAAUGUCACCAGGCUGCGGAGAAAGCACUGAAGGCUGCCCAAUAUUCUGUAGAUGCUCACAAGACCAAUAUUCACAACUUAGUCCAAAACUCACUGAUCCUGCAUGAUUCUCAGUUGACGAGGUUAUCAAGCCAACUUGAGAAUCACUUGGGCGAUUCAACGUGCAUGCGCUACCCAGACCAAGUGUGGUCUCCUAAGAUUCCAAACGACGUUUAUUCUCAGGAAAUGGCCCGCGACGCCCUGGAACUAGCCAGGAGGAUCCUAGACCAAAUCAGAAGCAGAGUUUUAUAAGAUUGCCAUAUCAGAGAUGUACUCCAAGUCAAUAUUUUAGUGUGGUUCUCAAAACAAUAACUUACAUGUGCCUGUAGCAUCGUAGAUACUUAAGCUCAUUACAGAUUUUCUUGGAAUUCAGAAAUUGGCGUACUUUGUAGUAUUUUAGCCCUGCUUAUAGAGCGUUUUCACGUGACGUCAUCAAAUUGUUAAAUUCAAAACUAAAGAGCCACUAAAGUUAUAUCUGU